UAUUAUUAUUACGAUAACUUGCUUCAGUGUUUCAGAUUUGUAAUGUUUUUUGUUUUUUUUUGUGAUUUUAUGAUGUUGGUUUUAAGAUUGAGGUUGUUACACAAUGCGGGAGAUUGAGUGUGUCUAGAUAGGUACGCUGUAAGGUCAGGCCUAUGUGUGUGUGUGAGACGAGACGUGAAAAUGAUAAACGUACAUUAUUAGCGCCCUUACUAUCUCGCAAGCUGUUUUCGGAAUUAGGAAGAAAAAAACACGGCACCAUACGAGUGAUAUACUUUUGUCUGUGAUUCAUGAAGAUAUUGGUUUAUUGGUUUUAAUCUUAACGUGGUAACGACGUAGCCCCGGUAUUACAAAAUUCUGCUGUUUCACUGCCAAAAAUGACCACAGCUACCACCUCAACACAGUACCCAGCAUCAGACCUGACAUGCAGGCUUUUACCAGGGGAGAUGAGCCAGGUUCAACCCAAGCCUCCCCUGCUGCAGAUCCUCUGUGAGGCCGGUGCUCAAGAAGAUACCUUCACCUUAAAGGAGGUCAUGCAUUACCUGGGACAGUACAUCAUGCUGAAGCAGCUGUAUGACAAGCAGAGGCAGCACAUGGUGCACUGUGAGGAGGACCCGCUAGGAGAACUGCUGGAAGUCAAGAGCUUCUCCGUCAAAAACCCCAGCCCAAUCUAUAAGAUGCUGAGAAAUAAUCUGAUUGUCUUAAAUUGUACAGGUGCUGCAAAGACUCUUUCUGUCGCCAAGGAUUCAAAUCAUGAAGCAACAAAAGAAGAUCCCGGUCAGAGAGGUACGGGGCUAUGUGAAGAGACCCCAGGAUUAGAGGCAGCUAGCGGAUCCCACAAACCACCUACCGUGCAUCGUAGACACAGGGAGCCUGACCAAGACUCUGAAGACGGCCAGCCUUCUAAACGGAAAAAGCUGGACGUCCUGUUGGAGGACUGGGACUUGUCCGGUCUGCCCUGGUGGUUCCUUGGGAACCUGCGCAGUAACUACAGCCACAAGGGCAACGGAUCCACAGAUAUUCACACAAAUCAGGAUGAAGACACUGCCAUUGUGUCAGACACCACAGAUGACCUGUGGUUCCUGAAUGAGGGAGAGAACGAGCGAGUCAGCAUAGAGAUGAAGGAAGCAGCUCUCGAGUCAGACAGGGGCAGCGAGAGAGAGGAGGGGGGAGAGAAAGAGAUGCUGGAGUGCUCUCUCUUUGAGAAGGAACCUGAAGAAAACUCUCCGUGUCAGAGUGAUGACACUGACACUGAGGUCUCCAUACAGGAUGCCUGGCAGUGCACAGAGUGCCGCAAGUACAACUCACCGCUGCAGCGUUACUGCAUCCGCUGCUGGGCCCUUCGCAAAGACUGGUACAAGGACUGCCCACGACUGGUACACUCCAUCUCUGUACCGGACAUCCCUGCCAGUGUGGUGGGGCAAGAGGCUGAACAAGAUGAUGGGAUUGAUAUCCCUGACUGCCGCAGAACCGUGUCUGACCCAGUCAUCCUACCCUCUCAUCUCUCCGACAGACCAGAGCCCCCCAGCAAAGCCCUAACCCUAAAAGCAGCUCUGCUCACCCCUUCAUGUGUCUCUGAGGGGCUUGAGAGCUCCCAGGGGGACAGUCUGGAUCUGCUGGAUUUAGGGCAGGGGAUGAACGAGAUGUCAGAAGCCAUCCUGGAGCCCUGCAGCCUGUGCCAUGUUCGUCCCCGCAAUGGAAACAUCAUCCAUGGGCGAACAGCACACCUGAUCACCUGCUUCUCCUGCGCUAGGAAGUUGCACAAAUUCCGCUCUCCGUGCCCGGGCUGCGGCCAGAUCAUCCAGAGAGUCAUCAAAACCUUUGUCGCUUAGCUUUGAACGAAACUCCUCUGAGUUUGUCUAACACGCCUCUUGUUUAACACCUCUGUCUUUCUCUCUCAUUCUCUGCUUCAAAUACAUCAGCACCCCACCCUUCUAUCCCGCUGUCCUGUAUCUGUGCCUGCUUACCAGCUCUCCCUUGGUUGUGUGUGCCGAUGAUUCUCUUUCCUGCUCUCUUCGGGACCACUAACAGCAUUGUAUUUUUUUUUUUUUUAUAAGAAACUAAAUAUUAUUUAUUUUCAAAGCUGCGAGGCUUUCCAGUACAUGUAAAAUGUCAUACAGCUGCCGAUUUAAGAACAAAAUGAAGCAAAAAUCUGAACUACUUGUGGGCCCACAAGCACCAGGAUUGGGAAAGCUUCUCCACUGCCAAUGUUCUGUGUCAAAUAAUGCUUGGAUUUCUGUGCCCCUUCAUAUUGAUGGAGCCACAUACUGAUAAUUGGGUGGGGGUUACUUUUGAACUGUGUAUUCCUAGUUAGUAUUUUAUUUGAGAGGCAAAAUGUAUUCCAGAUCAGAAUUUCCAGAGGCUCACAGCAUAGAGACUUCCAAUCUCGCCCUCUCAACAAAACUAGAAGACAUUUCUUUUCCAGUUAAGAGCCUUUUGCAUCCUGAAGCUGCAUGCCAUCAGUUAGCUAUAGGCUCUUUUUCUACUGCCCCAAACCCUGUUCUUUGUAGCAUGCUGCAGUUCAAGUUUGUUCAGGUCUUGGUAAUGGAAGUAAAGGAAGGGUUGUGCUAUACAGAAAGUUGUCCGCAGCUCCACAACAUGUUCUGUAAUGUAUUUUGCCUUACAGAGCACAGGUUUCUAAUUCAAAGCAGCAAGUUGCUACUAAAGUGAAGGACUUCGUUCUUUUUGAGGUACUUGGUUACAGUAGUCCAGGCAGUGGAAACACUUGCCCUUGUCCUCAACAUUGACAGCUUUUUGAUUUUUUUUUUUUUUAAUAGUUAUGUAUUAUAACAAUUAUUAUUAUUACUCAAAGGCUGACUGGUGUAUUUUUGUACAGAAGGUUUUAAUUUAUAGUAAAAUCUUAUUUGUCCAGUGUAAUUGACCAUGCUGUAGUACUAUGUAAAGAAUAUGUGAAAAGUUUAUUUUUCUGGCUUAUGAUAACUGCUGUUGUAAUUUAUUGGUUAUCACAGUUUAUUUAUAGUGGCUUUAAUCCCAGCAGUUUUAAAAGGGUUUUUUUUUUUUUUUUUAAUUUCUCACUGCCAGACAGAAUAGACUAAGAUGUUCUAUGCAUUCAUUUGAAGCAGAUGUUCAGUAUCUAUUUUUCAUGUCCAAAAAAACCCAGUAAUAAUUGUAUUUGUAGAAGCUGCCAAUUAUAUAAAUGCAAAAUACCAAGUACAUUUGAAGCAUAAACUUUAACUCUUCAUAUCUUUAUAUUGAUGACAACAAUUUGUUCGUUCCAGGCUUUUCAUGUGGGCACCAUUCCCUAAGAGUAAUUAAAAGGGUAUUAAUGUCACUGGUUAUGUUCAUUUGAGUGUGGGGCUUUAAUACUUAAUUUUACUGCCAUCUCUUUUUGCCUUUAUAAAGGGUAGAAUUGUUGAUUUUGUUUGUGUGUUUUGUUUUUCUUGAAAGCACUUGAAUUAACUUUUUUUUUUUUUUUUUUGUUGAAGUAAAAAUGUUUGAGCAGCACUGUAGUUGCCUGCCAUUAAGUAGUUUUCAGUGUAAAGGGAAACUUGUGAAGACCGCUUGUUCACUGUGUGCAUAAUAAUAUAAAAAGGAGACUUAAAACCGAACCUAAAACUGACACCACCUUCACCCCUUUUACCUUUAAAACUCUUUGUGAUGUCUUCCAGUGGUGAGUCCCUCAGUGUGUACCUAACACACCCCAUUGUUAAUAGUCACAGGAUGCGUUCCUACAAGGGGACUUUGAAGGCUGGUCAUUCAUUGUUUCUUGUUUCUGUAAAGAGAACCUUGUUAAACGUUAGAAGGUUUAAGUUUUGUGGGUACGAGGGAUAUGGCAAUGCUAGAAUCGAGCUUUACUGUCAGCUACCCUGUCACGGCUGUGAAACUGGUGGGUUUGUUAUGGUUGUAUUUGAACCCAUGAUUCCCCCCUGCACUGCAGUCUGACACCAUUGUUUUCCAAGAACCUUCAAUGCCAUUUGUUAGAGAAAUUGUUUACAUGCAAUUUUUUUUUUUUCUCGCAAGUGUUGGACAGAAUCUUCACGUUAAAUAAAGAAGGUCGCUGUUCAAGA